AUGAUCCGCCCUCGUGUUCUACGUGGCCCACAAUUUGGCCCCACGACUAGUGGCACUUGGGGUGUCGCCCGGAAAACUUCUCGGCCUUCUGUCAAGGGAUCAUCAUCAUCAUCAGUAUUAUCAUCACUAUCUUCGUUUAUCUUGACCCGUCCACUGUCAGUGCGGCCGGUCACGAUGGAUGCCAGUCGCCCACCACCACAACGUAAUGGUCCCUUUUCCCAGCUGCCCCAGGACUGCUUGGCGAAUAUCCUGGACCAUCUCAGCUUGGAUGAUGCCUUGUCGCUAUCGACCAGCUGCAACGCCCUGCAGGCGUCAUCCAUGCCGUUUGCAUUGCGGGACGUCAGAAUGGAUUGGACCAACCGACCGCGACGGCAGGUGUUGCAAUUGCUGCAGAUCAUCUUCGAGAACCCCGAAUACGCAUCAGACAUCCAGCAUGUAAGCAUGAUGGCGUCCAAUUACCCGUGGGAAGACGUGGACCCGGCCACAGACUGGGAAAAUGAGCGGCACGAAUUCAAGGACGUGCCGGACCAGGCGAUGGAUUUGGUGCGACGAGCCGGUCUUCGAAAUGUCGAUGAAUGGCAUUUGGCCAUUCACGGAGGAAACAUCUACGCGUUAGCCACCGUGUUUCUCUCGCAGCUGCGAAACCUCAAGUCGCUGCGCCUGGAUUAUUCGUUCGUCUGGUGGGACGGAUAUCCAGGUAUCAUGCUGAAACAUGCCUUACUGCACCCCAAUGGAGUGUUUUCAACGUUCGAUCAGCUUGAAACGGUCGAGUACGGUGCAAAUGUCCCUCUCGCGGAGACCGAGCGGCCCGAUGACGACGAAGUGCCCGACGGAUAUCCUCCUUACAACCCGAACCAGUUUAUGGGCUGGUUCUGCCUGCCUUCCCUCUGUUACCUGAACAUAUGGCUGCGGGAUCUGAAGGGCCUCGAGGAAGCCAAGCCAGAUCUAGAUCUAAGCAACCUGGAGACUCUCGUUAUAGCGAGAAGCACUGCUACAGAACAUCAUAUGCUUUACCUUCUUUCGCGGACGUCGAAUCUAAAAAGUCUUCAUGUGGCACUUGCCUUUGCGUGGAGAGGUGAGCCCAUUUUGCAGGACGCUCCUACCUUUGCGCAGGCAUUGGAGGCUGUUAGUCCGACGUUGGAGAAGCUCUCGCUAGGAGUGGAAUAUUAUCCCUCUACCCUCGGCGAUCGCGAGUGGAACGAGGCGGAUGAUGGGGCCUUCGGCCCAUUUCACCAGUUUUUUACCGGCUUUACGAACCUUCAAUCGGCCGAGAUCCCGUUGGCCAUCCUCCUAGGAUGGUACUGGGACGACUCAAUCCAACUUGGUCCCCUUUUGCCCAAGUCUCUCUCUCAUUUAUGCUUGCGAGACGAUCUAGAGGGCUUCUACGAUUUUGAAUGGACGGAAGAUCGGGCAAUUUUGUUGCUUGAAUCCUUUCUCCAAAAUGGGAAGUGGAAGGCUUAUACGCCAUCCUUGAAGAGCAUCACGCUGCGUCUCUGGAAUCAGAAUUAUACUCAUUAUAGACGCGACUCGGAAGAACGCUUGCGAAAAAUGGCUGAAAACUUCAACAUUGAAUUACAUAUUGUGGUGGAUGAUCUCGGUUCAGGCUUGUGGGCUUUGGAUCCUUCUUCGGGUUGA